ACCUCGAGCUUCUAAAAGUGUGAAGGCGGCGACGGGUGGGCCUUGUCAGUGUUGGUUGGAGCGGGACGGCGAAAGCUGCCGAGCUUUAAAUUCGUCGGAGUUCGCGGUAAAUGUAUGGCUCCUCAAGGUGUUUAAAAUAAUGGAAACAAAAAGUAUGAUUGGUAAGCCCCUCCAGCCAGCAAGACCUGCACGCCAUCUCUCUUCCCAUGUAUCAGCAACCACAUUCACUUUCCAGACUAAGUUUCCAUGCAACCCUUCUGUAUGUUUGCAUAAUGAAAUUAGUUCGAUGUGCAAGUCUAAUGGAAUGCUGGUUUUAAAUGACAGUCUGAUUCCUACACUGUCAGAGCAGCAUAAACCUGAAGUCACAAAAGAGAGAAUAACAUAUAGUAGAGAUUUCCUCUUGAAGCUUUCAAAGGUUUCACUUGCCCAAAAGAAACCAGAAUUUCUUCCCGAUCAUCCCAUUGUACUUGAAAAACCAGUAAGUGUUUGA